AUGGCCCUGGACAUGUGGUUCGUCUCCGUGAUGGCCGGAUUGCUGGCGGCAGCCCUCUCAGGCCCCCUCACGCCAGCCCAGCCUAGCAACUCUAACAGCAGCUUCACUCUGGGUCAGCCGAAGGAUGAAGGACCUUGGUUGGGGGUCCGCCUGGUGAACGGCACUGACCGCUGCAGCGGGACGGUGGAAGUGUGGCGCACGCCAUCCUGGACACCGGUGUGCGGGGCGUCCUGGAACCGCAGCGCCGCCGAGGCCGUGUGCCGAGCGCUGGGCUGUGGCGGACCCAAGACCUUCGAGCUGCAGCCGUCGGGGCAGGCCGCGGGCAACGCCAGCGGGGCCCCCAACGCCACGCGCGGCGUCCUGGCGCCCGCCGUCAGGUGCAGCGGCUAUGAGUGGCGGCUCUGCGAGGUGGUGGAGCAGCCGUGCGGCGGGGACGGGAGGCCAGCCCAGGUCACCUGCACAGAGACCCGAGCACUGCGCUUGGUGGCAGGCGGAAGCCAGUGCGCGGGCCGCGUGGAGAUGCUGGAGCACGGCCAGUGGGGCUCGGUGUGCGACGACACGUGGGACCUGGAGGACGGUCACGUGGUGUGCAGGCAACUGGGCUGCGGCUGGGCGGUUCGGGUCCUGCCGGGCUUGCACUUCCCGCCAGGGCAAGGGCCCAUCCACCGCGACCAGGUGAACUGCUCCGGAGCCGAAGCCUUCCUGUGGGACUGCCCCGGCCUGCAAGGACGUGGCUACUGUGGCCACAAGGAGGACGCGGGCGUGAUGUGCUCAGAGCACCAGUCCUGGCGGCUGACCGGGUCUGCAGACCCCUGCGAGGGCCAGGUGGAGGUGUACUACCAGGGGGUGUGGAACACCGUGUGUGACAGCGUGUGGUACGGACCGGAGGCCACCGUGCUGUGCCGUUCCCUGGGCUGUGGCACCUCAGCGGGCUUGCCCCGGGGCUGGCCGCACUCCCUGCCCGGCCAGAUGUACUACUCGUGCGAAGGCAGCGAGGACGCACUCCACCACUGCACCUGGCGCUACAACAACUCCAACCUGUGCAGCCAGUCGCGGGCAGCCAGGGUCAUCUGCUCAGAGUCCCGGAGACUGCUCAAUCUGUCCAUGUCUGACGGGCUCACCAGUGCUCAGCCAGUCACCAAAGAAUCUCCCGUGACAGUGAUGACCUCCAAGGCCUGGGACUCCAGGGAGUUGAGGCUCCUCCUUCCCUGCAUUGUUCUGGGCACCCUGCUCUUCUGUGCACUCGUCACCAUCGCGGUCCUCCUCCUGCGGGGGAAGGGAAAGUACGCCCUCCCCAGUAUGGCGAACCACCAGCACCCGCCCGCCAGCCCCCAGGCAGGGAUCAAUAGCUACUCCGAGGUCCCCAACUCGAACUCCAAAGAAGAAGUUCCCCUGCUGCCCGUGCAGGUGCCAUCGCCGCCCGAGGACUCGGGCUCAGACUCUGAUUAUGAGCACUAUGACUUCAGCACGCAGCCUCCCGUGGCCCUGAGCACCUUCUACAAUUCCCAGCGCCACCGCGUCACGGAGGAACAGGCGCGACAGAACCGGUUCCAGAUGCCACCGUUGGAGGAGGACACCCCUUCCCUGGGCCCUCAGCACUCGGCCCGGGGCGGCAGCACCUCCAGCACCUCUUCUGGCGAAGAUUACUGCAACAGCCCACGUGGCAGGUGCCCUCCCUGGAACUCUACCACAGACAGGAACCCUCUCCUGGAGCAGACCCCCAAUCUGGAACUGGCAGGCUCCCAAGGGACCUUUUCAGCAGGACCCUCAGCUGAUGACAGCUCCAGCACCUCCUCUGGGGAGUGGUACCAGAACUUCAAGCCCCCGCCCCUGCCCCCUGAGGGGGAGCAGUUUGCAUGUCCAGGGUCCCCCAUUUCCCCGCCAGAGUUCACGGACAAUGAGGACUAUGAUGACAUCGGAGCAGCCUAG